AAAUUUUCUCAUUAUUUUAAAUUCGUCGUAGAGAAAAAACGUUUUUUAGUUUUUUGUUUGUAAAACUUUUAAAUUGCGAGUAAGAAAAAAUGAAUGGAGAAUUGAACAAUAUUUUCCCUUUUGUGUUGCAUACGCUAAGUUCCAAACCUCGUCAAGAGGAAUCCCAAAAGAAACUUUUAAAGGAACUGAGACAAAAGCUGAAAGACGAAGAUAUUGUUUAUACAAAUUUAAAAGAAGAAUUCCAACAAGCCCUAGAAAUCGGUCAAGACAUGGGAAUAUUUAAUUUGACGGAAGAAAAUAUAGCUUUACCAUUUUCAUUGAAAACUAAGAAAAAGGAAGCAGUUACAAGUCGAAGUAAAUCGAAUCCUGUCAGGACUUCCAAACGAGAUCAAUCGGAAGAAACUGAUAAGGAAAGAAUGUCCCGGCGUAGACGAGGCAGAAGCAGCAGUCGUAGGAGGAUGAGUCGGAGCCGAAGCAGGGGACGCAGUCAAAGAAGUCGACGAAGCAGGAGAGGUUCACGAAAAUAGGGAUUUUCAUAAUUUUGUAAAUUUUUUGUAAAAAAAAAAAUUAAUAAAAAAUACACUUAAAAAAAUUUUAAA